AUGUCAACUAUCGUUGGAGCAUUAGCUUGUCAGAAAGAUUCUUUCCUUAAGACUUUGACUACUACCGUUAUAUCAUGUGCUGAGCAUAAGGGCCAUAUAACUCCAAAGGAUAAGCAAAACAAAAGUAAAAAACUGCAAGAUAAGAAGCAAGAAUCAAGAUAUGCCAUUGAGUUAGGAGAUACUGUGAUCUUUCCAGAAGGAGGUGGUCAACCAUCUGAUAUUGGGAUUAUUGAUACCGGAUCCGAUAAAAUUGAAGUGGAAGAAGUUAUCAGAGAUAAGUUAACUGCCCUUCAUUUAACUCAUAAACCUAUUGACAUUGGUACUAAAGUUGACUUAUCAAUUGACUGGCAACGUAGAUAUGAUCAUAUGCAACAACACACUGGUCAACAUUUAUUAUCUGCUAUUUUCGAUCAAUAUAAGUUGGAUACUUUAAGUUGGUCAUUAGGAGAGACUAUGAAUUACAUUGAAUUACCUGAAAAAAUUUCUGAUGAAUUGAUCGAAGAAGUUGGAGAAAAAGUUAACCAAGCUAUCAUUGAUGAUAUUCCAAUCACUGUAGAAUGGCCAGAUGACCACGGUGGAGAGAUCAAUAUUUCCAAAAUUCCAGAUGAUUAUGAUUUAAGUAAAGGAUUAUUAAGAAUUGUUAAGAUUGGUAAUUUAGAUAGAAAUCCAUGUUGUGGUACUCAUUUGAAAACCACUGGUCAAAUCCAAGCAGUUUCAAUUUUCCAUCAACUUAAUGUUAAAGGAGGUAAUUCUAGAUUAUUCUUCACUUGUGGAUCAAGAGUUUUCCGUCAAUUAUCAAAGAAUUAUAACAUCUUGAAGAAUGUUGGAGGUAAUGUCUUAUCUUGUCAAAUCGAUGAUGUUUAUGAAAAGACCAAAUUAUUAAAUGAUAAUUAUAGAGAUGUUGCGGGAACUAAUAGGAAAUUAUUAGCUGAAGUUUUAGGAUAUGAAGCUAAAAAAGUAUUUGAUACUUUAAAAACCAGUAAAUUUGCAUAUUUCUAUAGAAAGGAUUCCAACCCUGAAGCCAUUCAAAUUUUCCAAAAAGAAUUAUUAACUUUAAUCAAUGGCAGUGAUUGUGGUAUUGAUUUAGAUAAAACCCAUAGUGUGGUGAUGUUCAAUGGUGAAAAGAAUGGACUUGUUAAAGUUAUGGGACCAAUGACCAAUGAAAUCGUCGAAAAAGUUAAGGAAAUUUUAACUGGAGUUAAAGGAGGUGGUAAAGGAAUCUACCAAGGUAAAGCAGUUUAUGAAAAGGGUGAAGUGGAUAGUUUAUUGAAAUAUUUAGAGUCAUUAACCCUUGAAUCUUAA